CCUCUCUCCUCCCCUCACCUGUGUUCUCUUUACUAACACUAUGGGUUGCUGUGGCUGUGGAGGUUGUGGCGGCUGCGGUGGCUGUGGCAGCUGCGGUGGCUGUGGCAGCUGCGGUGGCUGUGGCGGCUGCGGUGGCUGCAACAGCUGCACCACCUGCAGAUGCUACCGGGUGGGCUGCUGCUCUGGCUGCUGCCCCUGCUGCGCUGGCUGCUGUGGGGGCUGCUGCAGCACCCCCGUGGUCGUCUGCUGCCGCCGCACCUGCUGCAACUCCUGUGGCUGCGGCUCCUGUGGCUGUGGCUCCUGUGGCUGUGGCUGCGGGAAGGGCUGCUGCCAGCAGAAGUGCUGCUGCCAGAAGCAGUGCUGUUGCUAGGGGGGCGCCUGACCUGUGGUGCCAUU